AUGGCACGACAGAUACACGAGGAACGAUACCAAGAGGAGUGUCGUCAGAUUCGUCCACCAGGGCUGACUGGUACCGCUGCAUGGGAUAAGCAGAUGAAGAUCACGUUGGAGAGAUUCUUUGCUCCCCUCGAAACUGAAGAUGAAGAUAUCGAAGCUGAAGCUGAAGGUAUUGCAGCUGAACCCCAAGUUGAAGGCCUUGAAGCUGAAGCAGGAGAUAUCGAAACUGAAGCCGAGGAUAAUCCGUAA